AUGAAUAGCCAAAUGAUUCAAAAAAUAAUUGUAAUGGAAGUCUUCUCCAUCAUCUCUAUAUUAUUCUCUCUUAUAACUGUAUUUAUAAUCAGAAUAUUCACUUUAUUCUGGAAAUCUCCCAUUGUCAGAGCCAAUAACCAGAACCUAAGCUUCGUUCUCCUGACCUCUCUCAUGUUCAGCUUACUCUGUGUGUUUCUAUUCAUCGGUCGUCCAGUGGAUAUAACCUGCAUGCUGAGACAAAUCUUCUUUGGGAUCUUCUUCACAGUAGUCGUGUCUUCUGUCCUGGCCAAGACCAUCAUAGUCUGCAUAGCAUUCAAGGCCACCAGACCAGACAGCUCCUGGAGAAAGUGUUUGGGGGUUAAGCUUCCUUAUUCUGUAGUGUUGGUCUGUUCAUCUCUUCAGAUCCUGAAUGCAGUUAUCUGGUUGUCAUUGUCUCCUCCAUAUCAAGAGCUUAACCUGGAUUAUCCUGGGAAGAUCAUCAUUCAGUGUAAUGAAGGGUCUGUCUUUGCCUUUUACCUCAUGUUGAGUUAUAUGGGGUUCCUGGCAGCUGUGAGUUUUGUUCUAGCUUUCAUGCUGAGCCUGAAACCCUCAUUUGAUGAUUAUAAGUAUUAUAAACAUGGAGACAUUAUCAUUGGAGGGAUUUUUACUGUAAAUUUUAACAUGGAUGAAUUUCAGACAGAGACACAUGAGAAAAUAAUGUGGUGUAAUGGACAUUUUCCAUUCAAUUAUAAAUACUUUUUGAACUUUCAAUUUGCUAUUGAAGAAGUCAAUAAAAAUCGAAAUAUUUUACCCAAUGUGACUUUGGGAUUUCAUGUAUAUGAUUCUUGUUCCAAUGCUAAUAAAGCUGUAAAAAGUACAAUAAAAAUAUUAUCAGGACCUGGAGCUACUGUACCCAACUACUACUGUACAGGAGAAGAGGACAUUGCGGGUUUUAUUGGAGAUCUGGUAUCUGUAACAACUGUUCCCAUAGCCCAAAUACUGAAUGUAUACGGGUAUACACAGAUCAGUUAUGGAGCAACAGAUCCAAUGUUCAGCGACAGAGUUGUGUAUCCAUACCUGUUCCGUACAGCACGUAGUGACCAUGUCUAUGUUUCUGCAUUGUUAGCAGUACUGAAGCAUUUCUCAUGGAACUGGGUUGGGAUUAUCGCUACUGCUGAUGACAGUGGAGAAAAAGAGAGCAAAAGUGUCUCCUCAAUUCUUAAUAGUCAAGGUAUCUGCAUAGAGUUUACUGUGAAAGUCUUCCUUCUUACAGUGGCAAAUUCUGAAGAUACAAAAAUGAAAACCAUGAAUAAAAAAAGCCGGGACAUUAUUUCACGCUCAUCCGCUAAAAUCAUUAUUAUUUGUGGAACUUAUUCUUUCUCUAUACUGGAAAUUUUUGAUUUGCCUGAUAAUGUUCUGAAUACAAAAACUUUUUUUCUGCCACCUAACUGGUUUGUGAAUGGUGAAAUACUUCACCAUUUUUAUAAAGCGGUUAACUGUUCCUUGGGCUUUGAGGUCCUUAUGAACGAUGAUCUAGAGCAGAACAGUAGUCAAGAACUUUUGAGGGAUCCUUACAAUACAAAAAAUAUGAAAGAAUUUCUUUGUAACAUCCAUCCUUCAAAUUAUCCGGAUGAUAAAUGGCUUGAAGAUAUUUGGAUUUUUGGUUUUGGGUGCUUGUCACCAAAUGAUGUUAAAAACAAAGCCUUUCAGGCUGUAUUUUGUAUGAAAUUGCACAAGUGUUCAGGAAAAGAGAAUAUCACAGUAUUACCUCUCAUUCUGAACAAUGAUGGAUCUACUGUUGCAUACAAUGCAUUAAUAUCCAUGGCUUAUGCACUUAAUGCUUUACAUAAGUCUCUUGGAAGAGAAGCUUCUGCCAAGUAUAUGACAAAAUUUUCAUAUAGACAUAAGAUCCCAAGUUCUCAGUGUUCAGAAAAUUGUCCACCUGGUAGCAGAAAGGUGAAGAAUGACGUGAAGCCGAUCUGCUGUUAUGACUGUGUUAUCUGUCCAGAAGGAGAAAUAUCAAACACAACCGAUAGUGAAAAAUGCCUGAAGUGUUUGGAUACUGAAUUUUCAAACAGUAAAAGAGAUCACUGUAUUCCCAAACUUGAAGACUUCCUCUCCUUUUCUGAUGGACUCUCCAUAGCUUUAUCAUCUAUUGCUCUUCUCUUUUGGACAAUAUCUGUUCUGAUAUUAGGAAUAUUUGUCUCACAUAAAAAUUCACCAAUUGUGAAGGCAAAUAACAAGGACCUGAGCUUCAUCCUUCUCAUCUCACUCUCAUUGUGCUUUCUCUGUGUGUUUUUAUUUAUUGGUCGUCCUGUUGAUAGAACCUGCAAAUUACGACAAAUUGUUUUUGGCAUCAUCUUCUCCAUCUCCGUGUCUUCUAUUUUGGCCAAAACCAUCACUGUCUAUACAGCUUUUAAAAUAUCCAGACCUGGAAAUCGAUGGAGAAAACUGAUUGGAAUUAAGAUGUCCAACUCUAUAGUUGUAUUGGCCUCAGCCAUUGAGGUUAUUAUCAGCAUUAUUUGGCUAUACUUCUCUCCCCCAUAUCUGGAGCAGGACACACAUUCCUAUCAGAGAAGGAUCAUCAUUCAGUGCAAUGAGGGAUCCCAAGUAGCCUUUUUUGCUAUUCUAGGUUAUUUAUUUUUCCUGACAGCUAUUAGCUUUACUUUAGCUUAUUUGGCUAGAACAUUACCAGAUCGAUUUAAUGAAGCCAAGUACAUCACAUUCAGUAUGCUGGUGUUCUGUAGUGUCUGGAUUACUAUGGUACCUUCCUAUCUGAGCACCAAAGGGAAAAACAUGGUGGCUGUAGAAAUUUUCUCCAUCUUGGCUUCGAGUGCUGGACUUUUAAGCUUUAUAUUUUUCCCAAAAUGUUAUAUAAUUUUGGUCAAGCCUCAAUUGAAUACAAAAUCCCGUGUACAUAUAGGACAAUAAACUGAUAACCACCACUAAGGAGGUUACAAUAUAUGAGCCAAUACAUGCAUGUAAAAAAUAUUUAGAAAAUAAA